UUGAGCAACAUGGUUGAAGUACGCGUGAUUGUGUUAAUGCAAAUUUUGUUGGUUUGCAACUCUUUUGGUGUAUCAAAAUGCGAAAUUAAAUAUCCGGAGGGAAAAGCUUGUCAUACGCAUGCCUUGGACAGUGGAAAGUGCAUGAAAGAAAACUUGUGUGAUCCAGCUUUUAUUCACUCAUUGCCCUAUGAGGAUCAUUCGCCCGUGUGCCAACAAAAUGCUUUCUACAAAGUGUUUUGCUGUCAACCUUUUCUGGAUUUCUGUAAACAUCGUAUAAAAUCUCAAAUCACGUACGGCACUGAAGCGAAACCAGGAACGUUUCCUCACCUUGCCCGGUUGGGAGUUAAAAGUGAUGUCGGUCAGAUAAAAUGGAGGUGCAGUGCAAAUAUAAUAUCGGUGAAAUUUCUUCUAACAGCCGCUCAUUGUAAAGCAGUGGCGGCCAUAGCAGGAGUUGAUUGUACUGGGGAAGUGGCAUGUAAACAACAAAUUACUGUAAAGAGCUUCAUUUCACAUUCAAAAUACAAAUCAAUUUCUAAACAACACGACAUUGGUGUAGUAAAGCUACAAAAAAAUAUAGAGUUUAAUGUGCGCGUUCUUCCAAUUUGCCCAUAUGCGAAUAUAAACGACGUCCCAGACACGGAAGAUAUGAUUAUUGCUGGAUGGGGCAAAAACGAAAAUUAUUCGGAUGCGAAACGUUUGAUGUAUGCGACUGUACGGACCGUACCAAUAAAAAAAUGCCGAAACAACUAUAAGGAGGUGAUGGAACCUUUAGGGAUGCAGGGUGCUGGAAUAAUCAAUGAACAGUAUUGUGCUUUGGGAUCUUUAGAGGAACCUGUUAAUGAAUUUAGCGAUGCGUGCCAAGGAGAUUCUGGUGGACCAUUACAAGUGAAGCAGGGCAAUGAUAUAUACUUGGUAGGAGUUAUAUCGGCUGGUGUUGGGUGUGGCUCAUCUUUGCCUGGAUUAUACGCACGUGUUGCUGCUUAUUUCGAUUGGAUUAAUGCCACAGUUACAGGAUCUCCUUAG